ACCCUCUCAAUAUGAGUCUCUAGCGGGCGACUAACCUCCACCGGAGUAAACAGAUUGAGGCCUUAACAAACAAAACCUCCACUACCGGAGUGAAUCCGGUACAGAAUAGUGAGUUGGUUCCUCGACUAAAGUCACCAACUCCCUACCUUCAAUCAAGGAUGCUCUAUCAACCUAGGCAGAUAUUCUCAUUCUAGGUUAAAGCAGAAACAACAGGAAUUUGAUCAGGAUUCAAGUCAUUCAAUCAAUCAAGCCUCAAUCGAAUAAAAUCAACUCAUAGAAUCAGUACUUGGGUUCAUACAAUCAAACCUAACAUACAAAUCUAGGGUUCUCCAUACCCAGAUGAAUGGGAGAACUACUCCAUGGAGAAAGAAGCAAAAGCAGAAUCAGACGCGGAAUUCAUACUGUGAAGGAUGGAUUCCUGCUCCUGGACGUUGAUCGGCACUUCUCCAAGCUCAAACUGGCCUCCAAUGGUGUUGAAGAUCAAGCUAGGGCACUUGGAGACUCUUGUUCGUCGCUUUCUCUCUUUAGGAAUCGCUCUAUCUCUCUCAAAACUCGAAUCCCCUUCUGUUUUGGCUGAAAUCUGCUUAAAAGGGCAUCAGUGGCCAAAGCACGGUCGAGGGCACGGCCAUGCUUUGCCUCAGCCCGCCCGUGCUUUGGCUAGGGUUAAUUACACGGCCAUUGUGUUGGGAGAAACACGGCCGUGCUUUGGUGGACACGGCCGUGCUUUCAGCCCGUGUUUGCAGCUUGAAUUUGCCAAACUCAAUUAGCUCUCGGCAGUAAAAGCACGGCCACAGAACACGGCCGUGUUCUGUUUUAGGUGUGCCCGUGUUUUGGCUCCAGCUCGACGAAAUGACUUUCGAAUGCCCCGAAACUCGUGCUUACCCUUUCCUUUGACGCCUAGGACCUGAAAUAUGACAAAAUAGCACAACCCGGCGUAAAAUAGGCCAAAAAUACACGACUAUGCCCCUCAAACGGAUAAGAACUAGGGGCGCAAAUAUGUGUAAUUACAUCGUUAUCAGACUGCGAUGAGAUAGGACAGGAGUAGGUUGGCGAUUAACAAGGUAGCCAAUAGUAUGAACUACUUCAACCUAGAAACCAGAAGGGAUACAAGACUGAAACAAAAUCGCCCGAGUAAGCUCCAAAACAUGUCGAUGUUUUCUUUUAACCAGUCCAUUUUGCUGUGACACCUGAAGACAUGACUAUUGAGGUGGAAUGUCGUGUUCCUUGAAAACUAUCUGCAAUGGUCCUGACGAAAAAUCACCCUCAGGAUCUGAUCUAAUAAUCUUCACAAUUUUCCCAAACUAUGUUCUUAUCAUCUGAAUGAACUCUUUAGCAACAUCGAGAAGCUCUGACUUCUGACGAAGGAAGUAAAUCCAUACAAAACGCAUUGCAUGAUCUAUAAAAAGUGCAAAAUAUC